UUGGGCUCCAUCGACGUCAGGCUGUGGGCGGAUGGCGUCGUCGCAAGAAGGUCGGGACAAGGUGCAACAUGUCGAGCACGAAUCGCUUCAUGGGGAAAGGGAAAUGAUGCGCAGGACUCGAAGCUCCCUCCACCUUUACAAAUGUUCGUGUGCAUGCUAUGGCGUGCCCUCCGACACUUUCUACGCUUUGUUCGCCUCCCUCCCUCCGGGUUUGGGGGUUCCGAGGCAUCAUCAUCUUGCUCGGCCGACGAGUCUCAUGCUGUCGGUGCUCCUCCUGCUGCUGCUGCUCUCAAGUCUCGGAGAUGUGUCCGCCAUUCCUCGCUCGAGCGUGUCACCGAUGUUGUUGUUGACUCGGAUUUGGAAGUUUGGAGCUCGACUUGAGACCCUAGACGCUUCUUGCUUGCUCACUUGGCCCUUCCGUCUGCGAAGAAGUUGUGCGCUGGAAGACAUAGAAGUUCGGAGGCGAAGGAACAGAGCUCGAGCUCGAGCGAAUGUUCCGCGCGCUUCGACCGGAUGUGAAAAACGUCACCAAUUGGACCAACCGAAGUCGGACGCAUUCACGACAUAACAUGACAAAUGCGAUCAGAAGUCAUCUUCUCGGGCAGGACUGGGGUGGCAACCUGUGGACUAGGCAAGAAAUGUUGCGCGGGAGAAGGAGAAGGAGCCGGCGAUGGGCAUCCGCUGAUUCCCUCUUUCUGGUAAGUUUACAUGAGGAGGACACCUUCGAUGGAUAGAGUCGGAUAAACGUUGGUCCCUCCAACUCACUCUGAAAAAGGCGAGGGCCCAAUUUGCUUACUUGUCAUUUGGAGGUGAACGAGUUCAACACUCAAUCGGCGCAGCAUGGCUGGGCUUGGCUUGAUAAGUGACACUAGGAAAUUAGAGCUGUCAUCUGAAGGGUCUAAAUUCAGAUGGCAGAGAGGUAGAGGUAUGUGCUGUGGAGACAGAUAGGCAGGAUGGGAGAGAGCGAGGAAGGCGAUGCAAUUCUCCUUCGGACAACUGAA